UCUUCCUGAGCUGAGCGCCGCGUCACGUCACGUGAUCCGUGUGCGGCCAAGGCGGGAAGAGUCUGUCAGCGAGCACAGUAUAGGGCGGCCAUAAUGUGACUCAGCCCUAACAGAUAUAUGAAGCCAUGAAGAGGAAAAGGAAGGCAACAAGUACCAGCUCCACUUCCAGGAAGACAUCAGAAAGCAGCGUCAAGUGUCCAGGACCAACCUCACCUGAGCCCAACGUGAAAGAUGAGGAACCUGUAAAGAAGAACAUUGUGAAGGAAGAUGAGUCUUCAGUGGAGAGAAACAUGGAGGAGAAGGAUGAAAACCAAACAGGACCCUGCCAGGGCCUCACUGACGUUCAGCGGAAUUCUACUUCUCUAGAAGUGUCCUCUUCAUUGCCGCUAAUUGAAGCAGUACUCCCAGAUGGCCAACAGGGGCAUCAUCAUGAUGUAAACGCUGGAGAUGAUAGGGUCUUGUUAGUGGCAUCCACUGUAGAUAUUGCAGAUCAAGUCAGUGAUGGGAUCCUAAGUAAUCCUAGUCCUAUGCUCACUAAACGCACCAGUGUAACAGAGACCACAGACAUCAGUGAGAGAUGUCCUCACGAGACAGUCAUGUCAGCCACCAGUGUAACAGAGACCACAGACAUCAGUGAGAGAUGCCCUCACCAGACAGUCAUGUCAGCCACCAGUGUAACGGAGACCACAGACAUCAGUGAGAGAUGUCCUCACGAGACAGUCAUGUCAGCCACCAGUGUAACGGAGACCACAGACAUCAGUGAGAGAUGUCCUCACGAGACAGUCAUGUCAGCCACCAGUGUAACAGAGACCACAGACAUCAGUGAGAGAUGUCCUCACCAGACAGUCAUGUCAGCCACCAGUGUAACAGAGACCACAGACAUCAGUGAGAGAUGUCCUCACGAGACAGUCAUGUCAGCCACCAGUGUAACAGAGACCACAGACAUCAGUGAGAGAUGUCCUCACGAGACAGUCAUGUCAGCCACCAGUGUAACGGAGACCACAGACAUCAGUGAGAGAUGUCCUCACGAGACAGUCAUGUCAGCCACCAGUGUAACAGAGACCACAGACAUCAGUGAGAGAUGUCCUCACCAGACAGUCAUGUCAGCCACGAGUGUAACAGAGACCACAGACAUCAGUGAGAGAUGCCCUCAUGAGACAGUCAUUUCAGCCACUAGUAUAAAAGAGACCACAGACGUAAGUAAGAGAUGUCCUUAUGAGACAGUCAUGUCAGCCACUAGUAUAAAAGAGACCACAGACAUCAGAGAGAGAUGCCCUCAUGAGACAGUCAUGCCAUCCACCAGCAUAAUGGAGACCACAGACGUCAGUGAGCAAGUGAAUGAAGUUCAUAUAAUGAGCGGAACCUUAGACUUCCCCCUCAUGGUCAUGGAGGGUAUAAAAGAUGAAAUAAAUCAAACUGGUUGUGAGUCAGGGGACGCCUCUGAAAUGCUGAUCAGUGACCCUUCUAUAGACAGAAAUGUCUCAGUCCACCCUGCAGACCCAAACUCUGAUUUACAGGCAUCCCAGAAACAUCAACCCCAAAACCCCAAUCUGCUAAAUCUGCCACCUGAAAUCACCGAGGUAAAACCCGAAAACUCAGACCUGCAAGAUUCACAGAAAAUAAAAGAGGCGUCCUCCUUAUCUGAUCCGGGGGUACAGGGUAGAGAUGGGGAACAUUGCCAACUUCUCCAUUCACAACCAGAAGAGAUCUGGACACCGAUGACGGACCAAACUCUCCUCUGCGGAAUGAACAUUAUCCAAUCACAACAAACUGAUGCUCUGGGUGAGGAUCCCUGUAAACUGACCAAUGGCCUGGACUUGCCGGACAGCCAGCUGCUCGGAGCCUGGGAGGAUAGCUUCACUACGUCAACGACCAUGGAGAACCACAUCAGUGACCACCUGACCCCACCCUGGCACAGACAGGAGAUAUCAGCGGUCAUCACAUUAUCCCCAAGUCUACCAGUGAUUACUGCACCAGCUCGGGAUACCGGGGGACCCCAGCAAAGAAGAAGAGAAGAUGCCACCUCUACUGUACAAGGUCUCAUCGUGGAGCUGUCAAAUAUCAAUCGUCUCAUUAUGGGCACCUAUCGGGAACUCAGACAGAAGAGAAUACGACACACCGUGGGAAGAGGGUCCGGUAGGAGGCGUCGUGACAUGUGACACCGGGGGAAGAGGGUCCGGGAGGAGGCGUUGUGACAUGUGACAUCGGAAUGAUGUUGUACCUUUUUAUUAUUGUAUCUUUUUGUUUACCGUCCUCUCCACUUUUGACAUACCGUAUAUCUGAGACUAGAGGCUCGUCAUCCCUCCUGCCUUUGUACAGGGAACCUUGAUACAAUCUGCAUUGUGGCUUUUUAUGUAAUCGUUUGUAUUGUUACAUUUUAUUUGGAACGGAAAUAGACAGCUCCCCAACUACCGCAGACGCACCUGUGCACGGGCUGGCGGUUGGCGCAACCCGCUGUAUACAGCAGUGCAAAGAUAGGAUUGUCCGGUACCAGAUGUCCAGCUUUAUUGUGGCAUA